CACCGUGCUAGUGAUAGGCUUCGUCGGCAUCCUCUCUGUGUCAACACUCGACAGUCCCUCGCCGCUGUGAUUUGGGGACGAAAGUUGCAAUCAUGGGCGCUUACGUCUCGACGGCGAAUUGUGCUGCGCACUACGGCACCCCUCCGAACUGCACCGUCAUCCGGUCCGAUGACGGAUUGACGGCAAUCGCGCUCGGCGACAGCACCCCCGGCCGGUUCUCAGGAGAUCCCGACAUUGCUGGAAUUGGGGUCCUCGGUGCAUUUCUCACCACCACCGUCUUCUCGCUGCUGCUGUCCGUCGCCAACAUGUUUUGGUGGUCCAUCAAGUACGUGUUGAAGCCGCACUUACGCAUCACGAGGGAGGAAAAGGCCCUCAAAAACUGGCAAAUCAGCAUCGCCGGCAUCCUCGAAACACUCUGUUUAACGCUCUCAGACCAGCAGGUGUUCACGGGCGGCGCCUAUGCCAUUACUCUGCGCUACGCAAAGGCGUGCUCCAUUUCGGCAUACCAUUACAAUGUCGUGGCAAACAUACUCCUUGUCACCUGUGCCACUCACUUGAUGGCUGUCACCGUGUCGAAGCACUACUGGAAGCACCCAUACGUUGGCAUCCUGCGCAUAAUCGUCACGACCCUCGUCUACGUGAUUACUGGCGUGCUGCUCUCGAACCAGGGCGAUGGGUCUCUCGGUUUCCCUACUCAGGUCCCGCCCAUGACCGACCAAUACAACUUGAUGCUUCUCCCAGCUGCCUGCUUCCAAUCCGGCGAGUUCCUGUUUGGCAGCGAGAUCAAGAAUGCACUAGAAGCGGGCUCGUUCCAAGCCUUCUUCACCGGACAGAUACACGGGUGGACCAACUUUCUGAUCAUGUUCCUCUUCUUUAUCAUUGCUGUUCUGGUGAGUCUAGGGCGAGUCAUCCGCCGCGGGACCGGCCACAAUGGUCGGCGAAAAAGGUUCAUUGCGAGGGUUGGGAAGACCUUACCCUUUCUCUUCAAAGCCAAGCGCUUCUUCUAUUUCCUGUUCGGUCUCUAUCUGCUCGCGGGUAUUGGGAUAUCGGCGUGGACGGUCAUCGACUCCGCGUUAUACGUCUUUGAGCUCCGUCGUUGGGUGGACCACUCGGUCUGGCUUGAGCGUGUCCGCAACAUCAAUCCCGAAAACGACCCCUCCACCUUUGGCCAACUCGUUCCACUGCUGCUCAUGUCACUGACCGUCUUCACCUUCCUCACCAUCCUCAGCGAGCGCAUCCACGCGCGCCGCAAACGCGCCAGUCGGCUCGAGUAUCUCGCCUCCAAACGGAAACCUCGCUCACCAGGGGCGAGCAGCACGGCCGUGCAAGCCAGUGACUCCCACGACAAUGACGGCAAGAGCAAAACAUUGAUUGGCGUCGCCAUAAGCGAGUGGCCCGACGGCACCCCGACCCCUCCCUCGUCCAAUAUCAUGUACACCAUCCCGCUCGACUCCCACAGCAGCAGCAGCACAUGCACAGGCACAGCAGCAGGCAGCUCGGCCCCAGCUCAUAGCGUGAAAUCCGGAGGUCAGCGAGCGUCUGCUUCUGCUUUUAGAUCAACAGGGACGUUGACCAAACCGCAACACCCGCAUACACAGCCGCAAACCCCGUCUGCAAGCGGAAGAACUCCGCCUCUGCCAUCCUAUAUCCCGACCAACGAGUAUACUAACCGCAGCGUGGACGGCACGCCCUAUCUCGCCCCGCUCGGCUCCUUUUCCUCGCCUCUGCUCCCUGAAUUGCGAAUCCUUGGCCUGCAGGACUACAACAGCCAUGAUGACGUUUUACCAAAGACCAAUUCGGAGGUAUCCCUGCAUGAUCGGGGUGCUCAGGGGCUGGGCCUGGAGGGAUACACACAUCGGGAUGCAGGCGGGGAGGUUGCGUCCCCUCCGCCAGUGCCUAACAAGGACAAGACGGUUGAUGGGCAGGGGAGGGCGUUCCAGUUAGGCACCCCUAAGGCAAGCAGUAGUAGUUUGAACCUGGAGAGGCGGCGGCAUAAUGGGGGAAGUCCAGGUGAGGAAGGGCCGGCCUUCGGGAUAAAGGGGAAGAACAAGACUUUCUAGGGGGGUGUAGUUAUUCAUGACUGUAAUUGUAGUGAGAGGGGAUCGAAGGGCAAUGGUUAGAGUUAUAUAAGAGGA